AUGCUAGCAUUGCCGGCGCCGAGUCCUACCGCGCCGCCGUCCCAGGCACCAGCGGCGAUCGAGGAGGACGACGGCAUCAUUAAAUCCGGCAUGGUCACCGCCGGCCUCACUCCCGUCGUGAGUCAUUUGACCUUUUUCAAGAUUGAUGGGAGCGACUUCAAUCUAAGAAGGGCCCGAAAAUGUGUUUCGGACUCAAAAACUCCUAUUCGAAUGAUUGCAAAAAACACUGAUUAUAGAUAUCGUCGCAAUUUACUCGCGGAUCAUAAACUUCUUCAAAAUGAACAGAAAAAAUUAAAAAAAAAUUGAUUUCAUACAGUAUUGACCUCAGAAUUUGUUUUUGUUAUGCCUAAUCUAAGACACGUAUUUUUUGCAUUACUUCGGGGAUUGAAGCUGAAAAUUUAAUUAUGACCGAAAACCCUAAAUUCCUUUCUUUUUAGCACACAAAAGUAGUUUUGAUGGUUUCAACAAGCAAUGAAAAACAAAAUGAAAAAGCUCUGCUCUGAAAAAGCUCUAUCACCCUCUUAUAAUAUUACCGUAACUUUCAUGUUCAAAUUUAUGAGUUCACGAAACUAUUAAUAAUAAAAAAAUCAGAUUUUAUGUAAAAAAAUUUCAUUAUACUUCUUUAUACUUAGGCUCAAACUCCAAAAAAAGCUAGAUAUAGUUUCUCUUAUUUUUUUCUGAAAAAAAUAUUGAGUUUCUCCCUUCAAAUAGUAGGCACCUAAAAAUUGAAGAGACGGUUAAUUGAAUUUGAUUUUUAUGAAAGAUUCAUCUUGUUUUUCAAUUUUUCUGAAUUUUUCUGGCUAUGAUCUCACGUUUUUUGGUUGUGAGAAUAAAAAAUUAUGAAAGCUGGAGAUAAAUGACGGUCUUGUUAUUCAGAAAUCACGGCGAAUUCUUUUCUGCGUUGUGAUGGAUCGGGCACUAGUUUUGUACGAUAAUGAGAAGUCUUACCGUAAGAAGAAAGAACCGAAAAUUCUCAUGGAUCUCAGCGUCGCUUUCAACUGCCACAAAGAUCAUGUGAGUUGAUUUUUUUCACUUCUGCAAAAAAAUCAAAAAAAGUAAAAAAAUAAAAAGCAGAGCAAAUCAGAAAAAUUUCUUGAAAUCGUUUCAUUUAUACAAUCUUGUUCAAUUCUAUGAACAUGAACAAUCUUUUCUGUUCUCAAAGUUAUAUGAUGUAAUUGAAAUGGAGAACAAUCACACAUUCCUGAGGAUUCUUGAGGAAUUGUGCUUAAUCUCCGAUUUAACAGCUGACUUUAUCGUAAUCGGUCUGAAAAGCGGUGAUUAUCUUUCUGAAUCACAGUUUUUGGAGUGCAAGAGAAAAAAAAAACAAGGAAAAAAUUCCAUUCGAACAUUAUGUGGUUGAUAUCAGACUGCAAAUUUUUUUGAUAACAAAAAAAGAAGUACCAAACUUAAAAGAAUGAAGCUUAUGUUUGAACGAAGGAAGAGUCAUUUUGUGGUUGAAAGCCUGAUAAUGUUCGAUAAGUUCAAGACUGAAGCCUCUUAGAUUGUUUAUUUUAUUUUUCAAAUUUAUUUGUUUUAGUCGUUAUUGCCGAUAUUGAAAUGAAAAACUUUCACUUGAAAAAAAUCCAAAAAACCAGGAUUUCUCGAAACCAAGCUUCGAACUUUUACCAUAUCUUUUUUCGUUGGAUUUUAAGGGUCUAAUCUUUUUGUUUACCACAAAAAAGUUUGCCUCAAGAAAUAUACUAAUCCGAAGUGAUAAAUGCGAUAAAUUAUCUGUUGACGCAUCCUGACCAGGGAUUACAGAGAUCAGAAAAGAAAAUCUUGUGUCGAAAAGAGAUCUUUUGCCCAAACUCGGGGUUUUUUUUUUCCAAACAAUGGCUUUCAGAAUAAUCCAGGAAAAAAAAGUUGAGCAAAGUCAAUAAAAUUUUUCAGUACGAUGCGAAGUUGAAGAAAUGCAUCUGCGUAAUGGGACCUGAUGAAACUUUAGUUCUCAGAACAGAUUCCGAUGAGCAGGUUCAUACGAAAUGGAAAUCUUCAAAACAUUCCUUUUUCAGAACAAUGAAUGGUACGAAGCGAUUCUUUCCUCCUUGAUUCCUGCAAGAGCAAUAAGAUUAGGACGCCCUGUCUCGAUUUAUGAACUAUUUGGUAAACUUUUUAUCAAAUUUUUCGGGUCAAUGAAAAGGUGUUACAGAAGCAGCUUGGGAUGUGAAUAUUAUAGAAAACCCGAAAUUCAAAAAGCCUCGUCAAUCCAUGAAUGUGAAUAUUAUAACAAAAGUUCCCGCUAUUUCAGGUCCUAAAAGGUACUUUGAGACUUUCCGAAACUUUUUAAUAAUGUUAUGUAUUGUCAGGAUAUGUUUUUACGCACACACCAUUAUAGUCUGCAAACGAAGGAUUGAACCGACUAACGUCAACAACAGCUUGGAGCCUGUUAUUCCGCCUUUCCCGAGAGACAGUUUUGUCGAGCUACCGGUGAGUUUAUCAUUCAUCGAAAAUAUCUUCAGAAAAUAGAUUACGAUUUCAGUAGUGUAAAAACUGGUCGAAAUAAGUCCAUUGACAAUCAAAACCAAAAAGCAAUCAGCAAAUUUUCACUAUAUUAAAAAACAGUACUUUUGAAGCUCAAAUUUGUUUCAAUCACCUCUCGUAAUCUUAUAAUCAAUCGUCAAGUUCAAAAGGACUCAAAGCGACUUCCGAUAACCAAAAAAAUAUAUUUGCGCUGACUUUCAAAUUCUUUCAAACUCUUGACGCAAAGUCAACAGAAACCUAUAAAGAUGUACUCAGAAAAAGUCACUAAAAGACAGAAAAAAAUGAAUCAAAAAUGAAAAUGUUCAGAGAACGUUCAUUGCCUUCUUCGGAUGCCAGGAAAAGUAUUUCCUGUUGAGAAUGGGUCGAGGUUCAGUCAUGGGCGGAAGUGAACUCUGGGCUCAGUGUGACAAUGAAGACGUCGCAUUGGACAUGCACUACCGUUUGAACGCGAUCAUCGAAAGAGAAGCUGAAAAGAAGAGAAAAAUGAAUAUUGGGUGAGCCUCGCACCAAAUUUUUGAAUUUGAAUAGAGCAUCCUGAAAUUUAUCUAAGAGUAAAAAGUCAGUUUUUUGAAAUCGCGCUUUAUUAAGUGUUAAUGUGGAACCAGUUAAGUACCAGAUCCCCACUUUAGCUUUUUUUUUUUGCAUUUCUCAUCUUUGGAAUUAAAAAAAAAAGCGCUACUGUAUUUCAAAGACAUUUGCGAUAGUUAUUUCAUAGCCAGAAUUAGAACAAAAAUUUAAAAAUAAUGCUUCUAUAUUAAUUUUCUUCUCAGAAACCCACCACCACCAUCGAUCUCAACAAUGCGCUACCAUCGCGAAAGAUCUCACACUCAACCAAUUAGGCAACGAGUUCCAACUCUUCCUGAAGGCACCAAGAGGUUUUUUUUUUCUGAACUUUCGAACUGAAUAAGCCUGAAAAUAAGGCGAAAAAGGUUAAUCAUUGUAGGUACAAGAAUAAUUGUUCUUGAAGUUUUAGAAUCGGAUCAGAGAACAUCUCUGAGAAACAUUAGAGAAUACAUUUCUUAAAAAAAAACUUCUCUUGCAACAAGAUUCACGAGUAUUUAAAUCUUGCAACAAUUAAAAAAAAAGGUCUUUUUGAAAAAGUUUUUCAUUAACAGCUUCUCAUGAGCUUGCCUCUUAUUCUUAAUACUCUGGUCAUUAUAACCCCUUCCCAUUCAUCUUAAGUUUCUUUCAAGAAAUUUCAAAGAAAAAUCAUUCAGCGUCCAGUUGUUUCAGCUUUUGUAAAUGUCCAAUGUCUCCCAAUUGUCCUUUUUUGCGCUAACCAAAGAAAAUGCUUAAGUUUCGGUUUUUUUUGUGUGUCCAGUUCCCGAUUACAUACGUUUUCAGUUCAAUAACUUUCAGCUUGCUUGUUUUCUGUUUUGAUUCAAACGAAAUUCCGGUGAGUUGCUGUUUAGCGAUGGACCUGGGAUGGAGUCGCUGGCCGUCCCAUCGGCGCUGUCGACGGUGCCGUUGUCUGCCAAAGACCGAAGGGCCUUCCUACGCGACUGCCACGAACUGUUAGACUCAUUCGAAGACGAAAUCAACCAGAGGACUCCACAGAGACCACGAGGGUCCCUCGGAAGCUUCUGUCACCCUGAUGUGCUUGCGAGGUGUGUCGCCACGCGGGGCGGCCGCUUAGAUUUAUGGUGUCUGGGAACUCGAUGAAAAAUAGUCUACUUAACAUUUUUGAUAGUUUACUACAACCUAAACUAGUUACCACAAGAGAUGGGCUCUAAACUUCAUCAUCGCGCUGUGAUGCGACUUUACGAGGUACAUAUGAUAGUCUAAAGUAAGCCUAGUUAUCUGAGCAAAAAUCCAGGAAUAAAACGGUUUGAAGCUGAGUUCAUUUCGAAUAACGUAUCUCACUUAUAAAAAUUUGAACUACUUUUCCAACGAAAAAAAAACGGAUAAAUUGGAUUCCAAACACCAUGAAUUCUGAUUUUUGUGUUGUCAACUACAUUCCGGCUAACCGUACUAACCAAUGAUUAUAAAUGUCAGGCUGGAUCAUCCUCGUGCUUCAAUCCAUUCUCUCGGAAGCUCUAGCGACAGGUUUUAAGUUUGAAUGCUAUGUGUUUGUGGCUGUUCUGGCAUGAUUCUGAGAAGAAUUUGUCCUGUCUUUCAUAAAUUCUACAUAACACGCCAGCUUUUUAGAAGGCGGGAAUUUCGAAAAACCUCUUCCAAGUUUUUCUACUUUUUCAAAAACCUCGAUUGUUAACUUCAAAAAGCUUCUUCAAAUAUCAGAGUUUGACCGUAGUUCACCUUAUCUUCUCCCUUCUCAAUCUUUUUGAGAUCCACUUUCUCUGAAGAACUAAUAAAUAGCUUUCCACCACUCCAACCUUUCUUUUCACUCUUCUCUCGUGGUUCAGCUUCCAAUCAUAGAAUUGGACCUAACCCCGUUUUGAAGGCGUCAAGUUUCUUCGUUGGCGAUGGGACAUGCGCUGUCGUCGUCUAGCAAGUCCCUUAGACCUCUGGCUGCGACAAUUCCUCAGUCUUACUUAAAUAACAAAAACCAAGUUCUACACAGUAGUGCGAAUUAUUUGUCAGUAUAAUCUGAUAGAAGUUAUCAAAUCAAUGUAACUUUAGACCGAGAAUGGCGACUAUGAACCCCAAAAGAACCAAAACACGGCCGAAGAGAUCAAUCACUGAUGAUCAGUCCAACUCGAACCUUUCUUCUGCGAGGUCUACCACUGCCAGUGAGAAAAUUGCUGAAUCAGUGGAGGAAGCUGGGUAAAAAACAAGACUCUUAAAAAUGUUCCAUUCUCCUCAUUUUCAGUCCUUCGAAGGAUUCUGAACCAAAAGACGAACGCAGAGGUGGAAGAAUGGGCGAUUAUUUCAUAGGAGUUAGUUUUUUCUCAUUCGAAGUUUUUGAAUCUCAGUUUCAGGCCUACGGGAAAGACGAAAAAGAAGAAGAAAAAGAAGCAAAGAAAAAGGCAGAAGAAGAUCCUUAUGUGUCGAUGGAAGCUGCCGGUUGGAACUUCGAACACGAACAUUUGGCUGUUCCCGCCCCUCCACGUACUGGCUCUGAGAAACCUUAUUUUUCAUUCCGGAAUUUUCAGCUCCAACAACCUUCAAGCUGGAUGAAGCUCGUUCUUACAUCUCGGAUAGUACGGAUAGUUGUUACUCUUCUAUGGCGGCCAACAGUUCUACUACGCCUGCCAUCGCUGAGAACCCUCCUCGGUUUGAUUUCCAAAAUUCAAUUUUUCAUCUAAUGUUUUUGUUCCAGUGCCAACUCAUUUGGCGGCAGAACCACCACGGAACCUCUGAAGCCUCAAGCAACCGUUGACACCAUUGAAACGGUCCAGGAAUCGGAGGUCAAAGCGGAAUCAACGUGUUUGGCCAUCCCUGCUGAUGAUCCUCGUAAACGUGCCUUUUCUCUAGGAAGCAAGACAUUUUUCAAGUAAGUUGAAUAUUGCAACAGCGCUUCUAUAGAUUUUUCAGUUUCAGCUUUAUCGGUUUGAACGACAUUCGAAAGAUGGUGAAAAAGAAGACGCGCAACAACUCUCCUGGUCAUUCUGGUCAGUUUUUGGUUUGAUGAAGACACAAAAAAAGAGUUUGAAAAAAACUGUAAUGAAUUUCUUAUUCUAUUUUCACGAUAUUUUGUGUAUUUCAGCCUCAACUAGCCUAUACCAACUGCCAUUCUUCGAGAGCGACAUGGGCCGAAACCGUUGCCAGUGUCUCUCUUACACCAUCAACAGGAGCUGUCCCAUCUGCAGCAACGGAAGUUUUGGCUCAGGUCGCAGCAGUCCAUUCGGAAGCGGUCUCAAUCGUGUCCCACGAGACGUUAGCCAGGACAAUCAUGUCGAAAUGGAUUUCGGCCAGAUCGGAGUCGGUCGUUCUGGUAGCGGUUCAGUUGCCAGCGUUGACAGCCCGAGCAGGUUCGAAUUCGAAAAAAAAAAAUUGAUGGGAGGUCAAAUCAUUUUAGGCGCGAUUUCGAGGAAGAAGCGAUCCGUCCUAGUGAAAUCGCCUUGCAGCAACAUCGUCAAAGUAGCGAAGGUCAGAUUAUUUGAUCUUAACGUUCUAUCCGCACAUAGAGAAUCAUUUGAAAAAGAUCUCAUUAUAAUCUAUUUUUUCUUCAGGAGAAUAUGUCUUCACUGAUGUGAUUUCUCUGCGAAGCGCCGCUGACCGAGCCAGUUAGACAAAAAAGUUUGAAGAGCUUCACAAGUGUUUUUUUACAGAAACUUCCGUUCUCGCCAUUGAAGGCGGAUUGAAAUCGAUGGAUCUCAAGAAUGCAAUUUUCGAAACAAUUCAAGAAAAUUCUUCUCUCAAGUCGUCAAGAAGCUCUUCGAGGUGAUAUUUUCCCUUGUUGAAGUCAAAUAACUUCCUCCUUUCAGAACCUCUGUCGGAGAGGACGAAGAUGUGAGACCAACCAAGAAAAUCCACGAAGAAAUCCUUGGAUUCCAAUGGCAAGAGCACAAGCCCGAAAAACUGCCAAAAAACAUGCGGAGAGAGGGAAAAGCCAUUAUCGGAAUCAAAGAAGUGCCAGAGAGCGACAACGAGGAACUGCCUGAGGAAAAAGAAGAAGAUUCGGAUGAUAGCGACCAGGUUUUUUUUUUGAUAACACAUCACUAGGAAUGGAGAUAGGAACUCUAAUUUUCGAGCUUUUUCAUGAUAAAAAGUUUGUUGAAAAAAGAAACUGGAAAAUGGUGGAUGUGUUUCACGUUUAUACCAGACUUUGUAUAAAUGAAAUAACUACUCUAUAAAAUGAUUAGGAAUCAGCCUUCUGCGUUUAGUUUUUGCUGCGUGUGUUCCAAAGUUCUAGGUUGUGGAUUUUCAAUAGUUGCGACAACCCUUUAAACCAUGCUUUGCAAGACUGAAAACUUAUGCUUUGGAAGUUUCUUGCUCACCGCCUAGUAGAUUGCAUUUUUGACUGAAACAGUAGAAUAAAUAAUUGAUUGGUGGAACUAAAAAUCGAGAAAUUUUUUUUCGAAACAUCCGUUAUUCUCACACUUGGAGCUGGAAACUUAACAAAAAAAAUAGAUCAAAGGCUGAGUCAACUUUAGACGAAUGAAAAAAAUCUUCGAAUCACUUUAUCCUUUUUUUUUCCGUUUCAAAAUGAAAAGUUUACAGAAAACGGAGACCCCUCCCUCCCCUGAAGAGUCUUCGGAAGAUGACGGCGUCGAUCCUUUCAACGGCGAAGAACCUUCUGGGUUCCUUCUCAAAAUUCGACCAGAACUAGCUAGACGUUAUCGUAGAAGAAAGAUGCUUAACCUUAAUCAAUGACCUCCUUCGAGUACCCUUUUGUUUUCUAUCUUCUUUCAUAUCUUGUACCCUACCAAACUGACGGUUCAACUGUAAUUUGGAUUCUCGUACCGUUUCCCAUUUUCGUGUCAGAUUCGACUAGGUGCCGUUUUACCGUGUUGUUUCUGAAAAUCCAUGUGAUAUUUACACUAUUUCCGUCUUUCUAACCCUCCACUCGUCUAGUUAUUGUGUUCAAAUAGUCACUCUUUUUUUUCCUUUGAUGAAUUAUUGUAGGACCUGAACGGUUUUGCAGCCUUAGCGGUCAUGGAUUAGUAUUUCUAUUGUUUUUUCACUUGGAUUUUGAAAAGUUUUCAGCUAAAAAGAUUCGGUUGUUCUAUUGGCUUUCUUUUUUUUCUUUUUAUCAGGGGUUAUAACUUUUUUUUUAUAAUUCAAGGUUGAAAGAAAAAUUAUUAUGAAAAAAAAAUUUACUUUCCGGGAUAUUUUGUGAUGAAAACCUGUGUCUAUUUUGUUGAUGUUAGAUGACAAUUUUGUGGAUUAUACUUCUGUGCACCUUGAUAAACAUUUCUGUUACAAGGUUUUUAAUUUUUGAAGAUUUUUUCUGCGUCACAAAAAUAUUACAAUCGUCAUGGUCAAAUGCUUUCACACCUUUAUCUAAGUUUUAUUCUAGAACGCCUUUUUUAUCAUCUUCAAGCAUCAGUAAGAUAAAGUUGGGGCGUUGUCUUGACGUUUUUCCACACGAAUAUGUCCACCUCGCUGAUAAUAAGCGUUGAUUAGGCUGAUAAAAAGGUUUGGUAAUCAUUGAUUUCUCUAUUUAUAAGACUUGGUUACUAUCUGAUACUGUGUGUCUCUUCAAACUUGAACAAUUCUAUCAUGCGUUAUUUCUUCGUUUUCGCUGUUUUGAUCAUUUUUGUUGAAUCUCAGAAGUGUCCUGGGACGGAUGUCUACGACGACUCUCUGAAAAAGUAAGCUUUAAAAAGAUAGAAAUUGGGGCUUCUAGUUUUUUGGGCUAGGAUGAGAAAAGUAAGCCGAUCUGACUUUUUUUCGGUUUUUUUGAAUGUUAAAUCAAAAAAAUGUUAUGUGUAUUUUUUUCUCUUCGAAGUUUUUCAUCAAGAGAGAAAAAAAUAACUAUUUCUGUGAAAAAUCAAAGUUUGAAGUUGACCUCUCAAAAAAAUCUUCAGUAUCGGAAAUUUUUCUCAUUUGUUCAUUGAGGUCAAUUUAUUAUCAAAAAUGACGAGAAAUGACAAACCAAAUAUUUUAUCAAUAUGUGUCGGCGUUAGAUUCUGGAAAUGACGGAAUACUUUUUUUUAUAUCUCUGAACAAAGGGCUACAGAAACGUUCAAAAUUGAAUUUGAUCAUAAACUGAAAUUUUUAAUUUAUUAAUUUUUACAUAUCAUUUUUGAAUUUGAAAUCCUCACUUUAUAUCUCUCAUUGCAAUCAAAUCUUCCAAUUUUCCAGAUGUUACUCGUAUUUCCGAGUACAAGGAACUUUCAAAACUGCUCAAGAGACGUGUCAAAAGAUGGGCUAUGGCCUCGUGAAACUAAUCAACGCGUUCCAAAAUUACUACGUCACUGGUGGGGAUUUAUUCAUUUGCAACCUGAUCCAUGACGUUUUUCGCGGCUCGGAUUUCUUGCACAAUUAAGUUUUGUGUGCGCAAAGAUUCUCAAGUGUGUUCCAGUUAUUUCCGAAACGUCUACUCUCAAAAAUAAGCUGGAAAUCAAUAGACAGAUAGAUAAGAUUUCAGACUAUGCCACGGACAAUCUUGACUUGACCUACGGUUUCUUCUACACUGGAUUAAAAAACCAGUCUUCCCGCUGGGUUUGGGAAGAUGGUUCUCCGGCCAACUUUACCAAUUGGGUUCCAGGUAAUAUUUUGAUCAAACGUAAGGUAAACUUCAGACCCAAAAUUGCAGUAAUCGAUCGAAAAAAAGGGAAAAAUAAACCAAGAAAAUGAGGGCUAUGCGAAGUUGUGUCGGAACAUUUUUCAAGGUUCUAGAAAUUAUUUCACAGAUUUUGAGCUAAUAACUUUUGUGCUUUGCACUGAACAUUUCGACAAAAUGUUUCUUUCCAAAAUUUUCUUGAAUCAUUUACUGAUUCAUUUGGUUGUCUUAUUGAAAAUUUGUUAACCUAAUUUUAAUUUCGACACAUUUUAACUCUCCAAUUGUCAUUCAAGUUGGAAAGUUGUCUUUUCAAAAUGAGUUAACGAGGAACCAUUUCCCUAGUGAAAAUCCCAUUCUAAAAGGAAUAAUCCAAAUAAAUACGGCAAAAGGGUCUUCGUCACGAAAGCUUAAUGAGUUUGCCGAUGCGUGUUUGGUCGCUUCAGCUUUUGAUUUGAUUGUAAAAAUACUUCUUAACCAAGAAAGUAAACUUUUUGAAAUGUCUUAGAAACAGAACAACAACUUAAAUAUUUAGUGCCAGGUCAGCUGUUUAUCCUCAAUUGUGUCGAGAAAAAUAGCUCUCCGUGUUAGGGCAAUUAGAGAAAAUGGUUAGAACUUGUUUGUUAUAGGCGAGCCGGAAGAUGAUCGCAAAUGCAUGAUUGUCCGCAUCUCCGACGGUAGAUGGCUGAGUGCGAAUUGUGACGAGCGUUUCCAAUUCGUUUGCGAAGGAAACGUCGGAGGCUAUAACCCUGGCGGUACCUGUCCGCCGUGUCCGUCUUGUGGAACUCCUCGCUCGAGAUUCAUCCGCUAA